GUCAUGUUUCUUUGCUUGAGACUACUCCCCACCCAUCCUCUCGGCCUCGCAUCCAACAAACCAGCAAUACAUACAUGCAACGAUGGCCGAAAGCACGACCCAACGAGCGCCCUACGCCCCCAAAGUCCAACUAAGCUGUGAGAUGUGUCGCCAGCGCAAGGUGAAAUGCGACAAGCUAAGCCCGUGCACGAACUGCCAACGGCUCGGGGCGGUUUGUAUCCCCGUGGAACGAGCACGUCUGCCACGGGGCCGCUUCCGAAAGGCGAAGGUCAUAGAUCAAGUCACCGAGAGUGACGCCGCUGAUGCUACUGAUGAGUUGAAGGGAAGGAUGGAGAGGUUGGAGGGGCUGGUUUGUACGCUGAUGCAGGAUAACGGGGUUGUGGCCAAUACUAUCGUGCCAGCGAUGGCUGAUGCGGGAAUCCUGCCGAGUCCCUGCGAUACCGAGUUCCAGAGUGAUUUACCUUCGCCUGUGGGUAACGACGUUCGAGGUGGAGGUGGAGGUGUGGUUGUUCAGAAGGGCAGUUCUUAUUUGGGGAAUUCGUUUUGGGAGGGCUUGAUGCAUGUACAAAACUGUUCUUUGCGCAACGUCACGGACCAGCGUCAGGAUGGUGCGACGUUCGCGCCUUAUGAUGUUCUUGUCCGUGGAUUGACAGGCAGCCCUUUAUGUUUCCCUAAAGAACCAUGGGCAACUCCGCAGCUUCAGCAGCAUCUGUGUCAUGUCUUUUUGACACAAGUCGACCCGGUAUUCAAGAUUCUACAUCAACCGUCCCUCCGUGCAUUCCUCUUAGAAGGGAAACCAUAUCUCCACUACGAUGCUCGUCACCCAGCUCCAGAGGCCCUUCGAUGCGCCGUCUACUACACAGCAGCCUGCAGCAUCACCGAAAAUCAGUGGCCCCCUGCUCUGGGAGCCAGCAGAGCAUCGGUAAUUGCCAGAUACCAAAGAGAAACAGAAGCAGCCCUAGUGCGGGCUGAAUUCGUCACAUCAGACGACUUGACUGUUUUACAAGCAUUCGUACUUUCGUUAAUCGGAGCUCGCUUGCAGGACCGCAGCAGACGAGCAUGGACAAUGCUCAGCAUGGCUGUUCGUGUAGCACAGGCGCUCUCACUGAAUGUGCCGGACCCACCAUUUCUGAUAACGCCGUUUGAGCAGGAAAUGCGGAGGCGGCUGUGGGGUGCUAUUGGAUUGCUGGAUGUCCAGGCGUCGCUGGACCGGGCGUCCGAGCCGAUGAUUUUACGGAGUUGGUUGGAGUCGCAUGCGCCGGCGAAUCUCAGUGAUGAUGAUAUUCUGUUUGGGCACGAGAUCGCCCCGACGGAAUCCGGUGGUUUCACAGACACUACUUUUACCUUGGUGAUAUCCAAGGCACAAUGCUCUGUACGUUCACUCACGGAGCCGGGGUCACAGUACAUGCAUAUACGGCAGGUAUGCGUCGCCGAUUUCCAGCAGACAGCAUCGCAACUGCUUCGUAAUUGCCAGCCAGAUGCAGUGCCUUUUCACUGGUACACCUAUCAAGUCGCAGACUACAUCGCCGCCUCCAUGCAGCUCAUCGCCCUACGACCACUCCAGCGCACGCCCGACUUCAUGCCUCCUCAUGUCCCUGGAUCCAAUCUCCUCAGACUAUCCGUGGAUAUUCUGCAGAAGACGGAGACACUACACCGCGAUCCCCGCGGGCAUCCAUGGCGCUGGUUCGAGGGUAUCUUUGUCCCCUGGCAUGCGCUGGCGGUCGCGAUCGCGGAACUGUGUGGAUGCGAAGAUGCAGCGCUGAUAGAACGAUAUUGGGAUACCGUGGAAGGCGCAUUUGAGCGAUUCGGGGGAUUGGUCGCGGACGAGAAAGAGGGUAUGCUGUGGAAGCCGAUGGAGAGGUUGAUGGAGAGAGCGCGCGCUAAGAGAGAGAGCUUAAGAGCAGUCUUUACUCCUGAGUCUGCAUCUGCGCAAUUGCAACCACCGUUCCUGCCGGUGAUGACCCCGGAUCAAGGCCAGAAUCAAAGAGGGAUGGGGCCGGUUGUAACCCCGUCUAGUAGUACGGGUAGCAUUGGGAUUGAACCGUGGACAAAUGUGCCGAAUGUAUGGGAUGGAGUAGACUUGGGGGAUGUUGGUAUUGAUCAAUUGUCGUGGACUAAUUAUGAGGAUUUUAUGGAGGAUAUGCAGCGAUGAUUUGAUUUUACAAAUAGAAUGAAUCUUUGGGUGCCGACGACGCCAAAAACGGCAGCUCAUGAGGCCGUUUCUGGCGUCGUUGGCACCAGGAACUUCGCCUAAACGGGUAAGGCGCUCAUGCCGCUUUAGACUGGCGACGGUGCGGCACCGGACACGUAUUGGUAUUACUGUUUUUUUACCCUCAGCCAGCGGGCUCUGUCCCACCU